AUGAAAGUGCAGAAGAAUGCCAGGAAGCGGCGUCUGUCCUCGCCCGCUGAGAACCAGCAGUACAUGGAUGUUUGGAAGCUGAGCAUCUCUCAUAGGGUGCUGGUUGGUGGUGAGUUUGACCUGGAGAUGAACUUCAUCAUCCAGGAUGCAGAGGCCAUCAUCUGCAUGUUGGAGCUGCUGGAACACUGUGAAGUCACAUGCCAGGCGGAAAUCUGGAGCAUGUUGACCGCCAUCCUGCGCAAGAGUGUCCGCAACCUGCAGACCAGCACUGAGGUCGGCCUCAUUCAGAGGCUAAUGCUCAAAAUGAGCUCUGUGGAUGACAUGAUCGCAGACUUGCUGGUGGAUAUGCUGGGAGUUUUGGCCAGCUACAGUAUCACCGUCAAAGAACUCAAACUGCUCUUCAGCAUGCUGAGAGGAGAAGGAGGAUUGUGGCCAAGACAUGCAGUCAAACUGCUCUCAGUCCUCACUCAAAUGGCACAGAGACAUGGACCAGACACUUUCUUUAACUUUCCUGGCCGAAGUGCAGCUGCGAUUGCAUUGCCUCCCAUCGCUAAAUGGCCUUAUCAGAACGGCUUUACCCUCAACACCUGGUUCCGCAUGGAUCCUCUGAACAACAUCAACGUGGACAAAGACAAACCCUACCUUUACUGUUUCCGCACAAGCAAAGGUAUCGGCUACUCUGCACAUUUUGUGGGGAACUGCUUGAUUGUGACAUCGCUGAAGUCAAAAGGAAAGGGCUUCCAGCACUGCGUGAAAUAUGACUUUCAGCCCCGCAAGUGGUACAUGAUCAGCAUCGUUCACAUCUACAACCGCUGGAGGAACAGCGAGAUUCGCUGCUACGUCAAUGGACAGCUUGUCUCCUACGGCGACAUGGCUUGGCACGUCAACACCAACGACAGCUAUGACAAAUGUUUCCUCGGCUCAUCUGAGACGGCAGACGCCAACCGAGUGUUCUGCGGACAGCUCGGAGCCAUCUAUGUGUUCAGUGAAGCGCUAAACCCUGCUCAGAUAUUCGCCAUCCAUCAACUAGGCCCAGGAUACAAGAGUACCUUUAAAUUUAAGUCAGAGAGCGAUAUCCACCUGGCUGACCACCAUAAGCAAGUGUUGUAUGAUGGGAAGUUAGCAAACAGCAUUUCCUUCACUUACAACGCCAAAGCCACAGACGCUCAGCUCUGCCUGGAGUCCUCACCCAGAGAAAACCCAUCCAUAUUUGUGCAUUCGCCUCACGCUCUAAUGCUACAGGAUGUGAAGGCCAUCGUUACACACUCCAUUCACAGUGCCAUUCACUCCAUUGGUGGUAUCCAGGUGCUGUUUCCUCUCUUUGCACAGCUGGAUUUCCAUCAGCACACUGAAAUCCAAGUGGAGACCACAGUGUGUUCCACUCUCCUGGCCUUCUUGUUCGAGCUACUCAAGAGUUCAGUGGCAAUGCAGGAGCAGAUGCUUGGUGGGAAGGGUUUCCUGGUGAUCGGGUACCUGCUGGAAAAGGCAUCACUGAUGCACGUCACCAGAGCCGUUUUGGAGCAGUUCCUCGCUUUCGCCAAAUACCUGAACAGCCUUAGCCACGGUGCACCUCUUCUCAAACAACUCUGUGACCAUGUUCUGUUCAACGCGGCUAUUUGGAUCCACAUACCUGCGAAGGUGCAGCUCUCGCUGUACACGUACCUUUCCUCAGAGUUUAUUGGCACGGCAACCAUCUACAACACCAUCCGUCGAGUGGGGACUGUGCUGCAGAUCAUGCACAUACUGAAGUAUUAUUACUGGGCUGUGAAUCCUGACCACACCAGCGGCAUCACACCUAAAGGCCUGGACGGCCCUCGACCCUCACAGAAAGAGAUCACCUCCCUCAGAGCCUUCAUGCUGCUCUUCCUCAAACAGCUCAUACUAAAGGACCGAGGUGUUAAAGAAGAUGAGCUUCAAAGUAUUCUCAACUACCUGCUGACCAUGCAUGAGGAUGAGAAUCUCCAUGAUGUUCUUCAGCUGCUGGUGGCCCUUAUGUCUGAGCACCCAGCCUCCAUGAUUCCCGCAUUUGACAAGAGGAACGGCAUCCGGGUGGUGUACAAACUACUGGCUUCUAAGAGUGAAAGCAUCCGAGUUCAGGCUCUGAAAGUUCUGGCAUAUUUCCUCAAACACUUAGGCCACAAGAGGAAGGUGGAAAUCAUGCACACAAACAGUCUCUUCACUCUUCUUGGGGAACGACUCAUGCUGCACUCCAACACACUGUCGAUAACUACGUACAACACACUAUAUGAGAUUUUGACAGAGCAGGUUUGCACGCAGGUCGUCCACAAGCCACAUGCUGAGCCCGACUCUACUGUGAAGAUCCAGAACCCAAUGAUUCUUAAGGUGGUGGCCACACUGUUGAAGAGCUCCACACCCAGCGCAGACCUGAUGGAGGUGCGCCGUCUCUUCCUGUCUGACAUGAUCAAACUCUUCAGUAACAGCCGUGAGAACAGACGGUGUCUGCUGCAGUGUUCCGUUUGGCAGGAUUGGAUGUUCUCUCUCGGCUACAUUAACCCUAAGAACUCAGAGGAGCAGAAGAUCACCGAGAUGGUUUACAACAUCUUCCGGAUUCUUCUCUACCAUGCCAUCAAGCACGAGUGGGGCGGCUGGCGUGUGUGGGUGGACACACUUUCCAUAGCCCACUCCAAAGUGACAUAUGAAGCUCACAAGGAAUAUUUAGCUAAAAUGUAUGAGGAAUACCAGCGACAGGAAGAGGAGAACAUAAAGAAAGGGAAGAAGGGGCUUGUCAGCACCAUUUCGGGGCUUUCUGCCCAGGCUUCGGCCAUUAAAGGCACUCUGGAGCUGGACCCGGAUUCCCAAACUCAGACUCCUGAGAGUGAAGCGGAUGAACCAGAGACGACUGAAUCGGGGCGGAACCUCUUGUCUGAAAAUAAAUGUUUGGAUGAGGAGAACCCAGCACCAGGUGUCCAUGCGGAAGUUCAUGACCUGCUUGUAGAUAUCAAAGCUGAGAAAGUUGAGGCCACAGAGGUCAAGAUGGACGACAUGGACCUCCUGCCUGUCACUGAGAAUGGAGGCUUGGUGGAAGUGGACUCUCUUCUGGAUAACGUCUACUCAGCUGCAGUGGAGAAGCUAAACAGCAGCGUAAACAGCGUUCUGGUACCCAAAGCCACCAUAGAAGACAAGAACUCUGGUCCUCUCAUCACACUGGCUGACGAGAAAGAUGCCAUUCCCAGCAACAACACCUUUCUCUUUGGCACGAUGGCGGUCAGCUCGGGAGAAAACCUCCUUCCUGAAAUGGGACCUUCUGAACCUCUUCCGCUCUCAGGAGUGGAACCUCAGGUCCAUACAAGCUCUAGUGCAGACCUUGGGCUUUUGGCUCUCAUGGCGAAGAGCUCGAAAGAGCUGGACGCUAAUCCAACAGCUUUGGAGGAUGACAGCUUUAAGAUGAGUGGUUUUAGUGUCUCUGAAGGGAAAAGCCUGUCUAAAUGCCCAGGGCAGAUAGAGACGGUGACAGUAGAUCUGGAGCCAGGGGUUUCUGGGGUAAAGAGCACUGCAGAUGUUACCAGCACCACAUCAGACACAGAGAAAUCAGAUGAUGGCAGAGAUAAAGAGGUGAAGAAGAUUCAGACUACUGCUACAACACAGAGUUUGCACGGCCGUUCUGGUAGUCAUCUGGAUAGAGAUCUGCGAGUAGACCUGGGUUUUAGAGGCAUGCCGAUGACAGAAGAGCAGCGUCGACAGUUCAGUCCUGGUCCCCGCACCACCAUGUUCCGUAUCCCAGAGUUCAAGUGGUCCCCAAUGCACCAGCGUUUACUUACGGAUCUGCUCUUUGCCCUAGAAGCAGACGUACACAUUUGGAGAAGUCAUUCCACAAAAUCCAUCAUGGACUUUGUCAACAGCAAUGAGAACAUAAUCUUUGUACACAACACUAUUCACCUGAUCUCGCAGAUGGCGGAUAACAUCAUCAUCGCGUGCGGAGGAAUCCUCCCACUGCUGUCGGCCGCCACCUCUCCCUCGAAUACCAAGACUGAAAUGGAGGGCAUCGAGGCGACGCAGGGCAUGUCGUCAGAGAUGGCCUUGAUCUUUCUCUCCCGGCUGAUGUCCAUGGUUGAUGUGCUGGUCUUUGCGAGUUCACUCAACUUCAGCGAGAUUGAAGCUGAGAAAAACAUGUCCUCUGGUGGACUGAUGCGACAGUGCCUCAGACUAGUAUGCUGUGUGGCUGUGAGGAACUGUUUGGAGUGUCGUCAGCGUCAGAGGGACAGAAGUCUGAAGUCCUCCUUGUUUUCCAGUAGGUCUCAGGAGGGCCUGCAAAGUGUUUCCACGGCCAGCAAGACCACCAUAGAAAAUUUUCCAAGUAAUGUUUCUCCAAUUAAGGACCCGGACCGACUUCUGCAAGAUGUGGACAUCAACCGUCUGCGAGCUGCUGUCUUUCGCGAUGUUGAUGACAGUAAGCAGGCCCAGUUCCUGGCUCUCGCUGUUGUCUAUUUUAUUUCGGUACUGAUGGUGUCGAAGUACCGGGACAUCCUGGAACCCCAGCGGGAGACGGUCAGGUCUAUCAGCCAGUCAGGAAGAGGCAUUCGGCAUGAGAUAAAUUCCCCCACCAGCACAGAGCACCCAUCGGCCCUCUCUGACAGUCGCCGGGAUGCUGUUAGUGUGCUGGAGGAUUCCCGUCAGGGGUCUUCCCUCCCUCACUCCGACUCAGGACUGGGUGACGACCAGGUGUCCAGUGUGAUGAACGGGGCCGACCUGGACCAUGCCAUGGGUGGUCCGAAUGGCAUGAGUGGGCUGUUCUGCACACUGUCCUCAGAGGCCAGGUCACAGGAGAGCUUGACUGAGCCUUCGACUGUGGAUCACCUCAAACCCGCCCUGUCCAUCUCCAGCAUCAGCCAGGCCAACAAAGGCAUCAAUGUCAAGGAAAUCCUGAAGAGCCUGGUGGCAGCCCCUGUGGAGACCACAGAGAGCGGGCCAGACACCCUGCCGUACCCUGACCAUCAGGCCAUGAAGAGGGAAGCCCAAGCCAUGUUACCCAUGCAGUUCCAUUCCUUUGACAGGAGUGUGGUGGUACAGGCCAAGAAGCCUCUCUCGGGCCUGACAGUGAACACGGUGGGCAGCUCUGGCUCCAGCAGCACCCUGACCUCUGCUAGCACCCCCAACAUCUUCGCUGCUGCUUCAUCCGCUACGCCCAAGAGUAUGAUAAACACUACAGGAGCCACAGAUGCAUCCACUCCCUCUUCCUCCAGCUUUGUGAAUGGAGCCACCAGCAAGAAUCUGCCUGAGGUUCAGACGGUGGCACCCAUGCCUGAGGACACCAUGGAGAACAUGAGUAUCACCACUAAACUGGAGCGAGCUCUGGAGAAGGUGGCUCCGUUACUGAGGGAGAUCUUUGUGGACUUUGCACCGUUCCUCUCUCGUACACUGCUGGGCAGUCAUGGUCAGGAGUUGCUCAUUGAAGGUCUGGUGUGCAUGAAAUCGAGCACCUCGGUAGUGGAGCUAGUUAUGCUGUUGUGCUCUCAGGGCUCCCCAGACCGCAGUUUGAAAACCCCUGUGCUAAAAUACAAGAUAAACUCUCUGCAUCAGCUCAGUGUGUCAGCUUGCCCCAGCAUAAGUCUCUCGCUGGAGAUGGCAGGCCGGAAGUGA